AUGUGGUUUUUCAGGAGAAGGCUUCCUAAAAUUCCCAGAGCCCUCAUUUGGCUCAUUGUUUUAACACACUUUUGCAUCUUCAUUGCUAAUUUCAGCUCCUUGUUUGGCUUGUCAAAGACAAGGAUUUUCAGGCAAUUGAGCAUUUUGCAACAUGCCCCCGAUACGCUGCAAGUGGACACCCAAAAGCAACAGGGUUUAAACUGUUCUGAUAAUGGGAACUCAAGGAGCUUUUUAAAGGUGAAUUUGGGAAGAGAAAUCACAAGGCUCGAACAAGAUAUGGUUGAGAGGACACCAAAAUGGGAAGGAAAGAAGGAGCAGAAGAAAAUGACAAAACCAGUUGCCAGGGUGGAAGAAGCCAAGGAGAACCUGGCUUCUGUGAAACCACCCCCCGGGUUGGAGGGAAUCAAGAAGACAACAGUGAAAACAGAAAAAAUAGCCCCAGGGGUGGAAGAAGCCAAGGAAAAGACAACAGUGAAACUGCUUCCCAGGGUGGAGGGAGCCAAGGAGAAGGCAACAGUGAAACCAUCCUCUGGGGUGAAGGGAGCUCGUGAAAACAUCAUCUCCAAAGACCAAACAAAGCCAAAAGAGCCUCCUGCAUCAGUGAAAACUGUAAGACCUGUUCCUCAGGCUGUUGCAGUGACAGAAAAGAAGAAACUGAAGGCUGCUGACUUCAAAUCUGAGCCGCGGUGGGAUUUUGAGGACAAGUACCUGCUGGAUAUCUCAUCUCCACUAUCGACCUGCUCUGAAUCGGUGAAGGGCAAAGCUGCCAAGUCUGACUGGCUGCAAGAUCUUUUCCUGCCCAACAUCAUGCUCUUCACAGACAAGAGAUACUUAAAUAACAGUGAGUGGGACCGCCUGGAGCAUUUUGCACCUCCAUAUGGCUUGAUGGAGCUGAAUUAUUCACUGGUGGAGGAGGUCAUGUCCCUGCUGCCCCCGAAUCCCCACCAGCAGCUGCUCCUGGCCAACAGCAACAGCAGCAUGCCAACAUGCAUCAGCUGUGCUGGUGGGAAUGGAGGAAUACUGAAUAACUCUGGGAUGGGCCAGGAGAUCGACUCCCAUUCCGGUAAGGCAGGCUUCCUUCUUAAAAGAGACACAGCUAGCUUAUUCUGGGUGAGCAGGGCUGUAACCAAAGGUUACGAAAAAGGUGUGGGAACAAAAACCUCCUUUUAUGGAUUCACAGCCUACUCCCUGGUGUCCUCUCUCUAGAUCUUGGGACACAGAGGGUUCAGCAACAUCCCACAGGGAAAAGAUGUCAGAUACAUUCACUUCCUGGAGGGAGCUAGAGACUGUGAGUGGCUGAAGGCUCUUCUCGAUAAGAACAUCAGGGAAGGAUUCUUGAACCACUACGGGCAGAGGCCCCAGGAGAGAUUCGAUGAAGAUUUUGCAAUGGACAAGUACCUGCUGGUUCACCCUGAUUUCCUCAGAUACAUGAAAAACAGGUUUUUAAAAUCUAAAAGUCUGGAAAAGCCCUACUGGUGGCUGUACAGACCCACAACAGGGGCCUUCCUGCUGCUGACUGCCCUCCAUCUCUGUGACUGGGUGAGUGCCUAUGGCUACAUCACAGAGGGUCAUGAGAAGUAUUCGGAUCACUACUACGACAAGGACUGGCAACGUCUGAUUUUCGACACUAACCACAACUUCAACCUGGAGAAGCAGGUGUGGAAAAAGCUUCAUGCCAAGAAUAUCAUGAAGCUUUACCAGAGAUCCUGAUUGUGUGGCAAGGGCCAUUGCCUGGGAAAUCUCAACACCACCUCACUGGGAAUGGAAGAGGACCACCAGAGCCAAGGUUAGCUCUGGAAUUCCAGGCACAUUUCAUCCCCACAAAGAUAU